CAAUUUAAUGAGCUUCGUUGUCUGAUUGAGAGCAUUCAAAGCACAGAAAUCAGUUCCAUUUCAGCUGCUGAGUUUUUCUCCAAAUUAUGUUCGCAAGCCGACUUAAUUAUUGAGACAAUCAAACGGCACUUUUACAAUGAAGAAGUUCAGGUUCUUCCGCUUGCUCGAAAGCAUUUUACCCCGGACAGACAGAGGAAACUGUUGUACCAAAGCUUGUGUUUAAUGCCAUUGAAGUUGAUAGAGCGAGUCUUACCCUGGCUAGUUGGAUCACUGUCUGAAGAUGAAGCCAGAAAUUUCUUAAAAAAUUUGCAGCUGGCAGCUUCAGCACAUGAUUCUGCUUUGGUAACCCUAUUUGUUGGUUGGGCAUGUAAAGGACGUACCGAUGGUGUAUGUUUGUCUUCUAGUGUCACUGGUUGCUGCCCUGUUAAAAGAUUUACUGACAUUGAAGAAUCUUAUAUUCGAGCACCUUGUCUAUGUUUACUCUCAGUCAAUACUGAUGAUUCUAAGAGGCCAUCCAAAAGAAACCUUGCCGUAAUUUGCACAAAAGAAAAUACAUCGGACUCAUCUAAGGGUGUAAAUGCUUGUAAUAUAUCUUGCAAUGAUCAGUCAUGCUGUGUCCCAGGAUUGGGAGUCAGUGAUAAUAAUCUGGGACGAACUACUAUAUCCACUCCAAAAUCUCUUCGUUCACUGACCUUCAGCUCGACCGCUCCUUCUCUUGAUUCAAGCCUCUUUAUAUGGGAGACAGAUUGUACCUCUUCUCAACCCAACCAUAAAGUGCAUCCUAUUGACACAAUAUUCAAAUUUCAUAAGGCGAUACGAAAAGAUUUGGAGUAUCUUGAUGUUGAAUCUAGUAAGCUUAGUGACCGUCAUGAAGCUUUUCUUCGGCAGUUCAUUGGAAGAUUCCGGUUGCUUUGGGGUUUGUACAGAGCCCACAGCAAUGCUGAGGAUGAAAUCGUUUUCCCUGCACUUGAAUCUAAAGAAGCACUCCACAAUGUGUCUCACUCCUAUACCUUAGACCAUAAGCAGGAGGAAAAAUUGUUUGAAGACAUUUCAUCUGCCCUCAAUGAUCUUUCGACUCUUCAUNAGCUUCAUGAAGGGCUGAAGGAUGACUCUAUGGGCUUAAGUGAUAGGGAUCACAUAAGGAAAUACAAUGAGCUUGCCACAAAGGUUCAAGGAAUGUGUAAAUCAAUCAGAGUAAGCCUGGAUCAACAUAUAUUUAGAGAAGAACUUGAGUUGUGGCCACUGUUUGGCAAACAUUUCUCUGUGGAGGAGCAAGACAUCAUUGUUGGUCGUAUAAUUGGAAGCACAGGAGCUGAAGUACUUCAAUCAAUGUUGCCCUGGGUAACUUCUGCUCUUACUCAGGAUGAGCAGAAUAAGAUGAUGGACACAUUAAAGCAGGCUACUAAAAACACCAUGUUCAGCGAAUGGCUCAACGAGUGUUGGAGACGAACUCCUGAAAUAUCUGCACAGCCUGAAGCCUUGCAAACUAGCAAUACAAACAGAGGUUCAGUUGUUGAUUCUCAUGAAGGCUUGGACCAGAGUGACCAUAUGUUCAAACCCGGCUGGAAAGACAUUUUCCGUAUGAAUCAAACAGAACUUGAGUCGGAGAUUAGAAAAGUUAACAGGGAUUCAACUCUUGAUCCAAGAAGGAAAUCUUAUUUAAUUCAAAAUCUGAUGACUAGCCGUUGGAUAGCCUCCCAGCAGAAAUCACAAGCAUCAACAGAAGAAGUUUCUUGUAGUGAAGAUGUUGGGUGUUCACCGUCCUUUCGAGAUCCAGAGAAGCAGAUUUUUGGAUGUGAGCACUACAAAAGAAACUGCAAACUUCGUGCAGCUUGCUGUGGAAAAUUGUUUACAUGCAGAUUCUGCCAUGAUGAAGUGAGCGACCAUUCAAUGGACAGGAAAGCAACAGUAGAGAUGAUGUGCAUGCGUUGUUUGAAAGUUCAAGCAAUUGGACCUAGCUGCACGACACCCUCAUGCAAUGGAUUUUCCAUGUCAAAGUACUUUUGCAGUAUAUGCAAAUUCUUUGAUGAUGAGAGGCCGGUAUAUCACUGCCCCUCUUGCAACUUGUGUCGUGUUGGAAAUGGUCUCGGAAUUGAUUUUUAUCAUUGCAUGAAAUGCAAUUGUUGUCUGGGAAUAAGUUUGAAAGAGCACAAGUGUUUGGAGAAGGCUUUAGAAAUAAAUUGUCCCAUCUGCUGUGAGUUUUUGUUUACUUCAAGUGCUACAGUUAGACCUCUGCGUUGUGGGCAUUACAUGCACUCAGCUUGCUUUCAGGCAUAUGCUUGCAGUAACUACGUUUGUCCGAUAUGCAGCAAAUCCAUGGGUAAUAUGGCGGUAAGAAUUUCCUAUUCAGGUGCCUNGCUGGCUAAUGAGGUUCUUCCAGAGGAGUACCAGAAUCGUUGGCAGGAUAUUCUUUGCAAUGACUGUGAACAGAAAAGCAGGGCGCGCUUCCAUUGGUUAUAUCAUAAGUGUGGGUCCUGCGGAUCUUACAACACCAGAGUCGUUAAAGCGCCUGCGACAUAUUCCGACUGCCCUACCUCAAAUGGUGGAGGAGUGAGGAGUGAGGAGUGAGGAAUGAGCACUCUCUCUACUGUUCGAUGAGUUUUUGCACCUGUAAAUAAUGUACAGACGACUAAGCUUUUUCCCCUAGUGUCGAUAUUAGUAGGCAAAGAGGAGGCCAUAGUUCUCAGGGAAUGGAUAUUAUCAUGCAGCUGUUUUGUUAACAGCUAUUGGAUCUAUUACCAGCUUAAGUUCAGAGCCUUAGAGAGACUGUAAUAUACCUAAUGUAUAGUCUAUAAAUUUGUUUCAAUAGUUAUCGUUUAAAGUUGCAAUGAUAAUUUUUACUCCAAAAGUAA